CGGCGCUACUCGCGCGUCCCGGAGCCUUCGCCGGCCCUCCUCGGGCUGUGGCGGCUCCUUCCCGCUUCCAGUACUCCGCUACCCUGCUCUCACUCCUCCCCUCACUCUCCAGGAGUUCCACGCCUCGCGGUGUAGCUCCGCCCUGUCCUCAAGCCCGCCCCCACAACCUCCCGAGCUUGUGCUCCCCUUUCUGCUCAGUCUCUAGCCUCCCAGGCGCUUUGGCUCUCGCGCCCUGCAGAACCGCCCGGGUCUGGCCCGCUUUUGACGGACACCUCCGCGCGUUCCGCUCCAGAGGCCACAGCGUGUACCCCCUGCAGCUCGCCGCUCCAGACCCAGCUCCGGAUCGCGCGUCCCGACUCCGCCCCCUCCCGCGGACUCGCGCGCUCCUGGCGCGGCCUCCCCCGGGCGCAGGCCGACCGGCACGCGGCCGCCUCCCCCUCCUUCCCCGCUCACCUCGCGCUCCCGCUCUCGCGCUGUCCAAGGCGAGCGCGCUCCCGGCCGGCGCGCUCCGAGCUCCGGCUUCUCCCGGCUCCUGUCAGUGCGGUGACUGCGCUGGGAAACAUGGCGACCGAGGGAAUGAUCCUUACUAACCACGACCAUCAGAUCCGUGUCGGAGUCCUCACAGUGAGUGAUAGUUGCUUCAGGAAUCUCGCAGAAGAUCGCAGUGGGAUAAAUCUCAAAGAUCUUGUACAAGAUCCUUCUUUGUUGGGUGGGACGAUAUCAGCAUACAAGAUAGUACCAGAUGAAAUAGAAGAAAUCAAGGAAACCCUGAUAGAUUGGUGUGACGAAAAGGAACUUAAUUUGAUAUUAACAACUGGAGGAACAGGGUUUGCACCACGAGAUGUCACUCCAGAGGCCACAAAAGAAGUAAUAGAACGGGAAGCGCCAGGGAUGGCCCUGGCAAUGCUGAUGGGAUCACUUAAUGUUACACCUCUGGGCAUGCUCUCUAGACCUGUGUGUGGAAUCAGAGGGAAAACUCUCAUAAUUAACUUGCCAGGUAGCAAGAAAGGAUCUCAGGAAUGCUUUCAGUUCAUACUGCCAGCUCUACCUCAUGCCAUUGAUCUUUUACGUGAUGCCAUUGUAAAAGUAAAGGAAGUACAUGAUGAACUUGAAGAUCUACCUUCCCCACCACCUCCUCUUUCCCCUCCUCCCACAACUAGCCCUCAUAAACAGACAGAAGACAAAGGGGUUCAAUGUGAGGAAGAGGAAGAAGAAAAGAAAGACAGUGGCGUUGCUUCCACAGAAGACAGUUCUUCAUCACAUAUAACAGCAGCAGCUAUUGCUGCCAAGAUUCCAGAAUCCAUUAUUUCUCGUGGCGUUCAGGUGCUCCCACGAGAUACAGCUUCCCUCAGCACUACUCCUUCAGAAUCGCCUCGUGCUCAGGCUACAUCUCGCCUUUCUACAGCUUCCUGCCCAACACCAAAACAAAUUAGACGGCCGGAUGAAAGCAAAGGAGUUGCUAGUAGAGUUGGAUCCCUCAAACUCCAUCGAAAGCUGGAGGAGCUCAGAGAUCACCUAGAAGGCAAUGUGAAAGGAUACUCUCUCAGAGUAAAUGUGCAGUCCAGGUGCAGCAGCAAGGAGAACAUUCUCAGAGCCAGUCACAGUGCUGUCGAUAUCACCAAGGUGGCUAGAAGACACCGCAUGUCUCCUUUUCCUCUAACGUCUAUGGACAAAGCCUUCAUCACAGUCCUGGAGAUGACUCCGGUGCUUGGGACAGAAAUCAUCAACUACCGAGAUGGAAUGGGCCGAGUCCUUGCUCAAGAUAUAUAUGCAAAAGAUAACCUACCCCCCUUCCCAGCAUCAGUAAAAGAUGGCUAUGCUGUUCGAGCUGCCGAUGGCCCAGGAGAUCGUUUCAUCAUUGGGGAAUCCCAAGCUGGUGAGCAGCCAACUCAGACAGUAAUGCCUGGACAAGUCAUGCGGGUUACAACAGGUGCUCCCAUCCCCUGCGGUGCUGAUGCAGUUGUACAAGUAGAAGAUACUGAACUUAUCAGGGAGUCCGAUGAUGGCACUGAAGAACUUGAAGUCAGAAUUCUGGUGCAAGCUCGACCAGGCCAAGAUAUCAGACCCAUUGGCCAUGACAUUAAAAGAGGAGAAUGCGUGUUGGCCAAAGGAACCCACAUGGGCCCCUCAGAGAUUGGUCUUCUGGCAACUGUAGGUGUCACGGAGGUUGAAGUUAAUAAGUUCCCAGUGGUUGCAGUCAUGUCAACAGGGAAUGAGCUGCUAAAUCCUGAAGAUGACCUCUUACCAGGAAAGAUUCGAGACAGCAACCGUUCAACCCUCUUAGCCACAAUUCAGGAACAUGGUUACCCCACAAUCAACUUGGGAAUUGUAGGAGACAACCCAGAUGACUUACUCAAUGCCUUGAAUGAGGGUAUCAGUCGUGCUGAUGUCAUCAUCACAUCAGGGGGUGUAUCCAUGGGGGAAAAGGACUAUCUCAAGCAGGUGCUGGACAUCGAUCUUCACGCACAGAUCCAUUUUGGCAGGGUUUUUAUGAAACCAGGACUGCCAACAACAUUUGCAACUUUGGAUAUUGAUGGUGUAAGAAAAAUAAUUUUUGCACUACCAGGGAAUCCUGUGUCGGCCGUGGUCACCUGCAAUCUCUUCGUCGUGCCUGCACUGAGAAAGAUGCAGGGCAUCUUGGAUCCUCGGCCAACCAUCAUCAAAGCCAGGUUAUCAUGUGACGUAAAACUGGAUCCUCGCCCAGAAUACCAUCGGUGUAUACUGACUUGGCAUCACCAAGAACCACUGCCUUGGGCACAGAGUACAGGUAAUCAGAUGAGCAGCCGUCUGAUGAGCAUGCGCAGCGCCAAUGGACUGUUGAUGCUACCUCCAAAGACAGAGCAGUACGUGGAGCUCCACAAGGGCGAGGUGGUGGACGUCAUGGUCAUCGGACGGCUAUGAUGGCCGCCGCGGAGAAGCUUCGAUGCAUGCCCACAUAUCAUUGACUGUACCCUGUAAUAUGCAACGGCACAGCUAGUUUUUCUGAUUUGGAUAAAAGUUGAUCUGUAUAGUCAACAUCUUGAACUAUAUUUCAAAAGAAUUUAAAUACCUUUUAAAGAAAAAACACCUAAAAAUAAAUCUUAACAGACAACUCUAUUCUGAUUAUAUCAAAGCAGAUUUUUCCUUUCUCGCAAUCGCUUUGUGUGUUCAAUGCUAGGUCUGAUAGCAAUAGCUUUUAGUAGACAGCAGUAGGUGCCUGCAGAACUUGUGUUUUUCUCAUCUUUAAACAACUACUUAUGCUCUUAAAUCAAGGCUGUCUGCUUAUUUAUACUAGCGUAGGCAACACUUGGAUUUCCCUUCUUAGUAUGCUUCAUAACCGCUUUACAGAGAGCUUUUGCUUGUUCUUUAUCAUGUAUCUCGUGUUUAUGUGCACAGUGCCAAAAGAAGAGUGACGGGGGCGGCCGCCCUGCCUCCAGGAGCACCACCCCUCACAGAGCUUCCGGGGAAGUUUCUCGCCCCAGCAGCCUCAUGGCACAGUCCUCUUGGGCAGUAACUGGAUACCUUUUAUUUGAACAAACAAACUGGGGGAAAAAUGCUUCCUUAAGUGCUGACAGCCUUUUUAACUAAUACAUUUAAAAUUGUACAGAACAAAAAAAUAAAAUCAAAGACUGAUCUUGUACAGAUAUUAGUGUUACCAGCAUUCAUGUGGAAAUCAAGAGCAAAGAAAAAAUAAUGUUAAACAACUCUGUACUAUAACAUUUUCUGUAAUGAUACUGAAACUUAAUGAAUAAAAAAAUCCUUGAUCAUUAUAUAAAAA